CCUGGGCUCCUGACGGGAGGAGGAGGUGGAGGCGGGAGAGGUUGAGGACUCGACCACUGAGCCCCACCAGCUAGCAGCCAGACGGCUCCGCAUCCGAUCCCAAGGGAACCCAGGGAUGGAACUCACCAUGCGGGAGCCUAGGAUGAAUGGCUUGGUCCCCAGGGGGCACCCAGAGUCUGAGCAAUCCCAGGCUGAGCUUGCUGGCUUCCUGCCCCAGCCACCCCCAGGGAAGAAGGCAGUACAAUUCUCUGAUUUUGAAGGGAAGACAUCUCUGGGCAUGUCGAUGUUCAACCUCAGCAAUGCCAUCAUGGGCAGCGGCAUCCUGGGGCUGGCCUAUGCCAUGGCCAACACCGGCAUCCUGCUCUUUUUAGCCCUCCUGUUGUGCAUGGCCCUCCUCUCGGCCUACUCCAUCCACCUCCUGCUCACGUGUGCUGGCUUUGUUGGGAUCCGGGCAUAUGAGGAGCUAGGUCGCCGGGCCUUUGGGACAUAUGGAAAAGUAGCUGCAGCUGGAGUCAUCUGCCUGCACAACAUUGGGGCCAUGUCCAGUUACCUCUACAUCAUCAAGUCAGAGCUGCCCUUGGUCAUUGGGACUUUCCUAGACUCAAAGGCUACUGACAGCUCCUGGUUCUUGGACGGCAAUGUUCUCAUCAUUCUCGUCAGCAUUGGCAUCAUCCUGCCCCUGGCUCUCAUGAGACACCUGGGGUACCUGGGCUACACCAGCGGCCUCUCUCUCACCUGCAUGGUCUUCUUCCUUGCCUCUGUGAUCUAUAAGAAAUUCUCCAUCCAGUGCCCCCUGACUGUCGGGAACAGUUCCCUGGGGCCUGCCAAGGGCCUGAAUGACACCUGUGAAGUCCAGUUCUUCACCAUCAACUCCCAGACAGCUUACACCAUCCCCAUCCUGGCCUUUGCAUUCGUCUGCCACCCAGAAGUCCUCCCCAUUUACACCGAGCUGCGCAGGCCAUCCCAGCGCCGGAUGCAGGCCGUGGCUAACAUGUCCAUUGGGGCGAUGUUUCUCAUGUAUGGACUGACAGCAACGUUCGGUUACCUCACUUUCUUUGGCUCUGUGGAAGCAGAGAUGCUCCAUAUGUAUAGUCAGACAGACUUGCUGAUCCUUUGUGUGAGACUAGCGGUGCUCAUGGCCGUGACCCUGACUGUCCCUGUCGUCCUCUUCCCAAUCCGCCGAGCUAUCCAGCAGCUCCUGUUCCCAACCAAGGCCUUCAGCUGGGCCCGACACAUCACCAUUGCCCUUGGGCUCCUCACCUUGGUCAACGUUCUGGUCAUAUUUGUGCCCAACAUCCGGGAUAUCUUUGGAGUCAUUGGAGCCACCUCGGCCCCCAGCCUCAUCUUCAUUCUUCCCAGCAUUUUCUACAUCCGAAUCAUCCCAAGGGACCAAGAGUCCUUGGCUUCUCGCCCUAAGAUCCAGGCAGCCACCUUUGCAACCCUGGGCAUCGUGAUUAUGGCCAUGAGCCUGGGCUUCAUCUUUACUGACUGGGCAGUGACCGGUCAGAGCAAAGGGGCGGGCCACUGAUCCUGAAGCCCUGCCGGAGCCUUCCCCACCCUGGGACCACCAUGCAUUCCAUCUGCUGUCGGGCCUGCAUGGGGAGAUAUGGGAGACCCUAAGUGUUUGUGUGUUUGGGCAGGGGCGGGGGUGGCGGGAGGAAGAAACAGGAGAGAGAGGACGAGGACUCCUGGGGCUGAGAACAAUCAGCCAGCCUUCCAGAGGAAGGGCCAGGAUGGGCCGGGUUCCCUCUCCAUGUAGGGAUCAAAGUCCAUAGGAGGAAGCAACCCUGGGGGGGGGCCCCAGGCCUGGUGUCUGUGGACCCCUUCCCCUGAUGGGGACGAGAUUGACUUCUUGGCUUUGUGUUUGAGAAAAUGCAAAGAAUAAAGAUAAUU